GGCGGCGGCGGCGGCUCUUCAUAUUCUUGCUUUCGAGGAGUUCGUGGGAGCUGCCGCCGGGGAAGAGCCGCCAUGGCGCGCAACUCCGGCCAGGUCUGCCACUACUUCUUGCAGGGCCACUGCCGCUUCGGCGACAACUGCUGGAACGAGCACCCGCGCCAUCACGCCGGCAGAGCCAACGCGGGCUCCAGUCGAAGAGUAGUAUGGAGUGGACAUAAUCAGAGAUACAGUAAUCCUGUACAGACAUCCAGUUUUUCCAAAUCAUCCAGCUGGCACAACAGAGAUUCUGGCUUUUCACAGAAUAGAUAUGCUGCAUUAAACUCCAAUGAAAAUGUUGGUAAUAGUGGCAUUGUAGAUGAGGAAGAUAAACUUCUUGAAAUUAUAAUGAAAGACAUGGAGAGUUGGGAAUCUUCAGGACAAUGGAUGUUUUCCACCUAUUCACCGAUGAAAGAAAAGCCUAAUAUAUCAGGGUUUCCAGACUUCUUGCCAGAAGAGUUGCGUCUUGAAUAUUAUAAUAGCAGAGCAAACAACAAUAUACAAAAUUAUGUCAAUUCAGUCCAGCAGUUAGCAAGCCAGUGGAGAAGUCGGUUGCUUGAGCUGAAGAAUAUAAAUGCAUCUACUAAAGCGGCAUUGAUAUCUGAAUUUAAGAACACUGCUAGUCAACCGCCACCUGCAUUUGGGUUUGGAGGACAGCAGGCAUCGGCUUUUGGAUCAUCAGCCUUUCCUGUGGAUAAUAAAUCUGCUCAAGUCUUCUCCUUCAAACCAACUUCUGAACUUGGCAGCAUCUCCUCUGGAAGCACACCUGCGUUUGGGAGCCUCACGAGCAGCCAGGGCACCGCAUCUUCCACCACUGCACCCCAUGCAGUCGGCUUUGGAGCUCAACCUGCUCCAUUGGCAUCUUCCUUUUCAUUUAAAAUGGCUACAACAACUCCAGGUGGGUUUGGAGCUUCUGGUUUUUCAGGGUUUGGCAAACCUUUUCCGGCAAGUUCCUCAGAGACUGCACCUGCAUCGUUGUUUGGGACAGCAGCCGUUACCCCUGCUUUGAAUCCCGGAUUUGGCAAAUCUUUUCCUGCCAGCUCCUCAGACUCCACAUCUGCUUCGGUGUUUGGAACUGCUGCUGCUUCUUCUUCUUUGAAUUCAGGGAACACACUGUUUGGGCAGCCGGCAAGUCUCUUUGGGGGUAAUGCAACAUUGCCCCCUUCCACAACCCCUCCCAGCACCACCUCUGCAAAGUUACUUACCCCAGAGUCGGAACUGUCUGUUGAUGAACUGGAGCAAUUUAAGGCGAAGAAAUUCACACUCGGAAAAAUUCCUUCCAAGCCACCACCAGCAGCACUUCUAAAUGUGUAACAUGGCCUGAGGUUGUUCUUACUUUCUUUUCCUGCGUGUGCGAAUAUCACAGACACUUUGAUUUAAACCUUUGGAAGUUCAAUUCUUCUAUGGCUCACCAUAUUGUUUCAGAGAAGUUACAUUCAUUUCUAGAAAUGUGUGAUCUGUUUGACUUGUUGGCUCCAGAAUGAAUUUGAGAGUAUUGCAUAGCAAAAUGUAGCUUUGCAAUCAACUUGAAAAUGUAGUAAACCCAAGCUGUUCUUUUCUUUGGUAGAGUUGGCUUCCAUACUUGAUGGCAAUGAAAUGUUGUGCUAAAGGUACCUUAAAGGCCCCAAAUCAUACCUUUUGGACACCCCAGCUAUACCAAAGUUAUAGAACCCACAACCCCUCCCUGCUCUUCUGUUGCUAUAACCUGGCCUCAACAGCUUCAAUAAUACCACAGUAGUCCUCAGCCUUAGCUUUUCUAGCUAUAAAUGGUUGAUUUAAAAGAACACACCUAUCUGCUGUGAUUUGGCGCUGGGACCAGUUGUUACCACAGUGCUCUGCCUUACUGUAAUUCUGAGUAUAUCCUCUUAGCACCUAGUCUACUAAAGCCUUCCUCUGUGUGUUUUAGCACAACACAGGAAGCAAACAAUAGCAUAAACUAGCUAUCCUCCCUGAUAGCAUUUGGGCUUACCCUCAUUUCUGUGAGGUAUAAGGACUCCAGAUUCAUGCAAAUAUUUUAUUUUUAUUUUAUUUUAUGCGUACUGCAAGUGUGUGCCUUUGUUUGGUCAUUCUGUUGCCACAGACAACAAAAACCACUUGUCAGGUAAA